AUGAGGGUUUCUCAAAUCUUUACCUUUUUCGCCUUUCUACUUUGCAGUGUUGCUUUUAAACUGCCAGGGAACUUACGCGCUGAAAGACGCCAAGAGGUGGCACCCGGAACUCCUCUUUACGAGUGUCACGCCAACUGCGGCAACGCAAUUCUCAUCUCGCGCACAGACAAUUACUGCUCAAAUUCCACUUUCACUUCGGGUUUGGAAGCCUGUCUAGAAUGUGCUCUCACAGAGGAUAUUUGGCAGUAUUACGGAGAUGAGGUCGCAAGUGCAGCAAAGACAUGCAGUGAUAGUGCUACGCCUAGCCCCUCUUCGGCUUCUGCGGCAACGGCAACUGGCCCUGGCUCUACAGGUACAGCCGCCGGAUUAACCUCGUCUGUCCUUGCUACAACAACAGCUGCUGCUACUCCAACUAGUGUGGGGGCAUUGUCAGCCACGGGUUCUGGUUCUACUGCGUCUGCUACCGGCUCUUCCGGAUUAUCUCCCACGUCCACUGUGGCCGCUUCUGACCAGACUGGCGCCGCAUCGUCAGUUUUCAGUAGUUCUGGAGCGAGUAUUGGAGUAUUUCUCACAAUUGUUAAACUAGUUCAGACCUUUGUUUAG